AUGGCUCCAUUCGGUACAAUCUGGUCCUACAUGCCAAGUGCACGAGUCAGCAAGAUCGAAGCAGUAGCCAACCUAAACGGCCUAGAACUAGAGAUACCCAAAGGCUUUGUCCUCUACAAAGACAAUUUCACAGAGGAAUACCUCUCCAAAUUCCCCCUGGGCAAGGUGCCCGGCUUUGAAGGCGCAGACGGAACACGUCUAGUCGAAUCCGACGCCAUCGCGCAAUACGUCGCAGAAAGCGGGCCACUAUCCGACCAGCUCCUUGGCUCUACACCCCUAGAGCGCGCAUCAAUCCGAUCAUGGAUCAGCUUCUCAGAUCACGCAUUCCUGCGCGUUAUCCGGGAACUGGUUAUGUGGCGAUUUGGAAAAUGGGAUUAUAAUGAGGAGAGAGAGGCCACGCAGCUUGCAUUGUUGGAAAGGGGUCUUGCCUAUAUGGAAGGCCAUCUGGAGGGCAGGACGUGGUUGGGAGAGAAUGGAAAGUUGAGUCUGGGGGAUAUUACUGUUGCGGCGCCUUUGCAUAUGGGGUUCAUUUUGAUUAUUGAUAAAGAGAUGCGGGCGAAGUAUCCGCUGGUUACAAGUUGGUUUGAGCGGGUUAUGGCUGUUGAAGAGGUCGGGAGGGCGAUGGGGGAGGUGAAGUUUAUCGAGAAGAGGCAGGUAUACCAGGGUAAGAUUGAAGCGUGA